AUGGUGGAAUAUUAUCAACAAUUACCUCCAAACAAUUAUAAUUAUCAGCAACAGCCUGGCUAUGAUUACACACAACAGGAAGAGGAAUGGGACCGUGAAGGAUUGUUGGAUCCAGCUUGGGAAAAGCAACAAAAAAAGACAUUCACAGCAUGGUGUAAUAGCCAUUUGAGAAAAGCUGGUACAAGCAUCGAAGUUAUCGACGAAGACUUCAGAAAUGGUUUGAAGUUGAUGCUAUUAUUGGAAGUGAUAUCAGGUGAAGCACUGCCACGACCUGAUCGUGGAAAAAUGCGCUUUCAUAAGAUUGCAAAUGUCAAUAAAGCUUUAGAAUACAUCGAAAGCAAAGGAGUUAAAUUGGUUUCAAUUGGUGCGGAAGAAAUUGUUGAUGGCAAUGUGAAAAUGACCCUCGGUCUUAUCUGGACAAUUAUUCUUCGAUUUGCAAUUCAGGAUAUCAAUGUUGAAGAAUUAUCGGCUCGUGAUGGAUUAUUGUUGUGGUGUCAAAGGAAAACAGCGCCUUACAAUAAUUUCAUUUGUUUUAAUAAUGAUAAAAUUUUUAGUUGGAAAGAUGGUUUGGCAUUUUGUGCUUUAAUCCAUCGCCAUCGUCCAGAAUUGAUUGAUUAUUCGAAAUUACAUAAAGGCGACCCGCUUCAUAAUUUAAAUCUCGCUUUUGAUAUAGCCGAAAAAUAUUUGGACAUCCCAAGGAUGCUCGAUCCUGAAGAUCUCGUCUACAGUCAAAAACCAGAUGAGAAAUCGGUCAUGACUUACGUGUCAUGCUUCUAUCAUGCAUUUCGUGGUGGCCAUCAGACUGAAACAGCAGCUCAUCGUAUAAGUCGUGUGCUUAAAGUAAAUCAGGAAAAUGAGAAAAUGAUGGAAGAUUAUGAACGAAUGGCAAGUGAUCUUUUGGAUUGGAUACGUCGUUGGAUGCCAUGGCUAUCAAAUCGAUCAAGCAACGAAUCAUUAGAAACGAUACGUAAAAAAUUGAAUGAUUUUCGAAAUUAUCGUCGACAUGAAAAACCACCACGAGUGGAGGAAAAAGGAAAUUUAGAAACACUUUUUAAUACAUUGCAAACAAAACUUCGAUUAAGCAAUCGACCAGUAUUUUUACCACGAGAAGGGCAUCUUAUUAAGGAUAUCAAUGCUGCUUGGCGUGGUUUGGAAGAUUCUGAGAAAGGUUUCGAAGAAUGGCUUCUAAGCGAAAUGAUGAGAUUGGAAAGAUUGGAACAUCUUGCGGAAAAGUUUCGUCGUAAAUGUGCUUUAUAUGAAGAAUGGGCACAUGGUAAAGAAGAUGCGUUACGUUCAUCGGAUUGGAAAUCUUGCGGAUUGUACAAGAUCAAAUCGAAAUUUCACAAUAUUAAGGCCUUACGGAAACGGCAUGAAGCAUUUGAAAGUGAUCUGGGAGCUCAUCAAGAUAGAGUGGAACAAAUUGCGGCAAUUGCUCGUGAAUUAAACAAUUUGAGAUAUCCCGAUAUUGGUCCAAUUAAUGCCAGAUGUCAGAAUAUUUGCGAUCAAUGGGAUCGUCUCGGAAAUCUUUCUCAACAACGGCGCAGACAGCUCGAAGAAGCGGAACGAGUAGCCGAACACCUAGAUAGACUCUAUCUCGACUUUGCUAAGCGUGUGGCACCAUUUAACAACUGGCUUGAUGGAGCUCGUGAAGAUUUGGCUGAUAUAGUAAUCGUUCAUGAGAUGAAAGAAGUACAAGAAUUAUUGAAUGCACAUAAUCAUUUCAAAUCAACAAUAUCCGAUGCUGACAAUGAAUUCCGCACAAUCGUCAAUAUUGAACGACAUGGAUUGGACAGAGAAUUGCUGCGAAAUCCUUACACCGAUUUAUCGGGCGCUGAUAUUCGUCGUAAAUGGCAAGAAGUACAGCAGUCAAUACCAAAACGUGAUGCGCAAUUGCAAAAUGAAUGUCAUCGACAACAAAAUAAUGAACGUUUACGGCAAUUAUUUGCCGAAAAGGCUAAUACAGUUGGCCCAUGGCUUGAACGACAACUUGAACAUGUUUUAUCAAUUGGGCUUGGUGGACGUGGAAGUCUUGAGAAUGCUGUAUCACAAUUAAAAUCGAUUCAACAACAGACAUUCAACUAUAAACCGAAAUUGGAAGAGCUGGAAAGAAUAAAUCAGGAAAUGCAAGAGAAUUAUGUCUUUGAAAAUCGCGCCGCUCGUUACUCCAUGGAAUCAUUACGUGUUGGUUGGGAAUCACUGUUGACAUCCAUCAACAGAACAAUUAACGAAUGUGAAAAUCAGAUUCUGAUGUGUAACAGUAAAGGAAUCAGCGAAGAACAGCUAAAUGAAUAUCGUUCAUCCUUCAAUCAUUUCGACAAAGAUAGACAAGGACUCGAUCCUGAGCAGCUCAAAUCAUGCCUUAUUUCAAUUGGCUACAAUAUUCGCCCUGGAAAAGAGGGUGACCAUGAUAUGAGCAGAAUAUUGUCAGUGGUGGAUCCAAAUCGUAUGGGAAGAGUACCAUUUAAUGCUUUCUUGGAUUUCAUGACACAUGAAACGGGUGAUGCAGAUACCGUCGAACAAAUGAUCGAAUCAUUUAAAAUACUUGCCGGAGGAAAGCCGUAUAUAACCGCAGAAGAAAUUCGUCGUGAAUUACAUGCGGAUCAGGCGGAAUAUUGCAUACAAAGGAUGCAACAAUUUCAAGCACCAAAUGGUCCACCCGGUUCUUACAAUUAUGUUUCAUUUAGUAAAAGUUUGUAUAACUAUUAA